AUGUAUGUUUCAAUAAACUCAGUAAAGUUAUAUUUUACUGUUCUGGCUGCGGUGAAGCUUGUUAGCGGUCUAACUGUUGAAAGUCCAGGAAGUAAUAAUGUAACCAUUUCUGACAAAAACAGUUUGGAAAAUAUCAAACAAAGCGGAGGAAUCGUUUAUGUCUCGAACUCUGAAAACAUCACCGACUACAUUUCUAUGUAUGCUAACACCGACAUAGUUAUUAAAGAUAAUAGCACUGGUAUUGUUUAUUCUAAUAUCUUCAAAUGGCACGAAGAGGACAAUUCCAAUCCUAUCUUUGGAAUACACAAAGAUGAAAAAUCUAAUGGUAUCUUCGCUAAGAAGGACCCAAUUGUCUAUGACGUGGGCGGUUGGCAUUAUUUUUGGGAUCAACUCCAAACCAUUCACUCUGGAGAAUGGUGGUCUCCAUGGUAUCCUGUUUCACAGUGUUUCGAUAACUCUCUUAGUGGUGACGAAGCAGUUAUUAAUAUUGGCUAUGGAUACUAUUAUGGUUGGUCAAUGGAACGGAUUUUGUUUCUUAAUGAAAAGGCUUUAUCAGCAUCGACUGGAUAUUCUGUUAGUAGAUCGAUCAGUAAAAGUGCCGAACUGGAGUGUCAUAUCCCUGCAGGUACUGAUGGCCAGGUUUGGUAUCAACAAAGAAUGAUGUGGGCAGAUGUCCAAACGCAAGGCUGUUCUAAAAGUGGAAGUGGUAAAACCGCAUGUGGCCGAUGGACAGCUUAUAACAGAAUCAACGCUCCAAUAAAAGGGGAAUCGUCGAAUUCCCACUUUGAUUGCAGAACUGGAGAUACCAACAUUGACUGUAAUGCAAAUAUAGGUGACUGGUUUAGGUUGAAACAUUUUUAUAAAGAAUAG